CCAGGUAAAGAGGGAGAGACAGCAGUGGAGGAGAGGGAGAAGUGAAUCAACUUCAUGAAGAGGAGAGACUGUAGGAGACCCCUGUACUGAGUUACAUCACCCCAGCAACACACCCAGCAACGCAUCCGGCAAGCACCCGACAACGUACCCGGCAACGCACCCGACAACGUACCCGGCAACGCACCCGGGUCCCACAGGGAAAAGGAAGGAAGAGGAAACCCCUCUCCUCCUGCAGUCAUGAGGUCGUUCCGUUCCUUUGGUAACGAUGACCGUCACGUCAUGGCUAAACACUCCACCAUCUACCCCUCCUCUGAGGAGCUGGAGGCCGUCCAGUCGCUCGUCUCCACGGUCGAGUGCGCCCUCAAACACGUCUCCGAUUGGAUGGACCAGAGCAGCCAUGCCCAAACCGAGACAGACGGCCAACCGGCAGAAAGCACAGAGGAGGAUGACCCCGGCGACCCCGCCCCUUGCUCUGAGGACUCCAACGACAGCAGCAGGGAGCCCGGAGGCGGAGGAGUGCUGUGUGGUGUGAUGCGUAUCGGCCUGGUGGCAAAGGGCCUGCUGAUCAAGGAGGAUCUGGACCUGGAGCUGGUGCUCAUGGUUAGAGACAAGCCCACACAGACACUGCUGGACACUGUCUGCCAGAACCUGCCCCUGCAGAUAGAGAAGCUGACGGAGGAGAAGUACGAGGUGACGAGCAGCGUCCCCGAGGCGGCCAUCUUGGUGUGCAGUACCACAGAACCCAAGCUGACGCUGAAGGUCACGCUCACCUCCCCAGCCAUGAGGGAGGAGGCAGACGCGGACCCUUCAGUAGAGGGUGCUGAGCAGAGCGAUCCGGAGCCCGUUGGCGUGCUGGACCAGCACCGCUGUCUGGUCGCCUUGGCAGCACUACGACACGCUAAGUGGUUCCAGGCCCGAGUGAACGGUCUGAAGUCGUGUGUGAUUGUUCUCAGGAUCCUGAGGGACAUGUGCAAUAGACUACCAGCCUGGGAGCCCCUCAAAGGAUGGCCCCUGGAGCUGAUCUGUGAGAAGGCCAUCGCUACGUGUAACAGACCUCUGGGAGCGGGAGAGGCCCUGCGCAGAGUCAUGGAGUGUCUGGCCUCUGGCAUCCUGCUACCAGGAGGCCCCGGGCUGCAUGACCCGUGUGAGAAGGAGCUGACCGACACCCUGUCAGCCAUGACGGAGGAAGAGGCGGAGUCUAUCACCUACAGCGCCCAGCAUGCUCUGAGACAAAUGGCAUUCGGACAGAUCUACAAGGUUCUGGAAAUGGAGCCCCUCCCCUCAAGUAAACCCUCACAGAAAUACCCCUGGUCCGACAAAGAAGGCUCAGGUCUGAAGAGACCGUACGAGGAUGGACACAUGGACGACAAGGACCUCAUCAAGAAGAUGAAGAGAAACCUGAGAAAAGUCCUGGACAGCAAGGCGGUGGACUCCAACCAGCCCAUGAACGCUUUGAUGCGUCUCAACCAGAUCCGGCCUGGUCUCCAGUACAAGCUGCUGUCCCAGUCCGGCCCGGUGCACGCCCCCGUCUUCACCAUGUCCGUAGAUGUGGACGGAACCGUGUACGAGGCCUCGGGGUCGUCCAAGAAGACAGCCAAGCUGCAUGUCGCCGUCAAGGUCCUCCAGGCCAUGGGUUACCCCACAGGCUUUGAUGCUGACCUGGACUCCAUGAGCGCUGAUGAGAAGUCAGAUGGGGAGGGGAAGAGCGAGACCUCCACACACUCAAGCAAUAACACACCCCACUCUACAGACAACUCCAAUACCCUGGAGGUGAGAACUCAGGGUCCCAUUCUGACAGCCAGUGGUAAGAACCCGGUCAUGGAGCUGAACGAGAAGAGACGAGGUCUGAAGUACGAGCUCAUAUCAGAGAGCGGAGGCAGCCAUGACAAACGCUUCGUCAUGGAGGUGGAGGUGGAUGGUCAGAAGUUCAAAGGGGCUGGGCCUAAUAAGAAGGUGGCGAAGGCGAGUGCUGCCCUGUCAGCGUUGGAGAAGCUGUUCUCAGGCCCUAACGCCCCCGGCAACAAAAAGAAGAAGAUUAUUCCCCAGACCAAGGGGGUCCUGGCGGCCGCGGCAGCAGCGUCAGCGGUAGCGGCCCAGGUGGCGAGGGGGCGGGGCCGAGCCGCCGCCGCCGCAGCCCUCACCAGGGGAGCCUUCGUCAGUGCGGCCGCCCCGGGAUACGUCACUCCAGGGUUCGGGAAUCCAUAUGGAUACACCCCUGCUGCUGCUGCCCCUGCCUAUGGUGGUCUUUUCAUUGACAGUCCCUUUUACCAGCCUCGGACCAUCGCUCCCUUUAUAAUACACUUGGGUCCUCAAGAUCUCUUCUCUGACUUCUAGAACCAUCAGGUUGUGUGGCUCUCUCUCUCUGUCUAAACCGGCCUAGUGACCCAUCUGGGCUCGCAGACCUGACCUGACCUGACAUAUUACCAGUUUAGACCAGACUAGACUAAAUCAAUACCGAACUACACCAGACCAGACCCAAUUAGACCAGUCAGCACCAGAUCAGACCGGUCUAUCCACCUCUCUGUAUGUCUGUCUUUCCAACGGACAGAUGUAAAAAGCCCAAACCCAAAUAUCCCCACAAAGGAAACAGAUUCCUGAAAAGCAAUACUUUACAUAGAUCUGACUUUUGGACUUCAGCUGCACCUAGAAUCAUGCUGAAGGAACUCUGGUCUUUCUUAUAUAGCAAUACACCUGAACGUCUGGCUUCGAUGCUUACUUGAGAUGACGUGAAUGUUCUAUGGAGACUUAUCCAACACGGCAUUGCAAUAUAUUCAUUUUGAUUGUAUAUUCUUCACUUUGUGUGUAUGUACGGCUAUACCAUGAGUAUAUGCUUAUAUAUGUAUGGUAUAUGUUUCUAUGAUAAACAUGUGUGUUGAUUAUAUUAUAUAAUGUACUUAUGUAAAUAUAAGGUAUAAUUAUCGUUGGUAUAAAUUAUUUUAGAAUUACAAAGUUAAAUGUACCUGUAAUCUCACAAUAUAGCUUUCUUGAAGUUUUAUAUACACUGAGCAAUCUAGUACUAGGACAUGCAAUAUUUACCUUCGUUAUUACAUUAUUACAUUAUUAUA